AUGCGAGAGAGAGAGAGUCACAAUUGCAAGUCAUUUAUUUCAUGCAGAAGUCCAACAAUUGAUGACGACCAGGAAGGAGACAUUGUUGCUAAGCACAUAGAUGGACUGUCACUCUACAAUGGGCAAGUAAUGGCCAAACUAGGCAGAAUGAAGAGGAGAGGUGUGCUACAGAGCGGAGAUGCACCCAGUGCUGCUGGUGCUGGUUGA